CCAUCUCCUGUAUAAUAAAGCAUGCUUGUACUUUAAAGUGAAGAAAAAUACACUGAUUUUUAAAUGUUACAAGCAAAUAUUUCUUAAAACAUUUUCUAGGGGUAUUUAUUUGUACAAAAUACAAAUCCUCACAUGGGGAUCCUCACUGAGGAUGAAGUAUUGAAGAAGAAAUUAUGAUUUUAUAUGAAUCCUGAAGUAGAGGUUGCACAGGACUUAAAUGUUCCAUCAAUUUUAAUUGUGGUUUGUUUCAAGGAUGGAAUCUGAUCAGAGUGGGUUCCAGAGUGGAUCAAGGAGCUCAAAAACUUAAAUGUUGGCUCAUCAUUAAAGGGCAAAUGCUAGAUUAGACACCAUCUAAAGGCCAUGCAGACAGACAGUACAACUUUCAGAUCCAUAGCAACAAUUAAUUCAUUUAAUUCAUUACAGUUGUGACUUGAAUUAAUGUUAAUUAAUUAUUGUUAAUCCACAUAAACUCAAAUACAAACCUGUUGACCAGCCUGUUCUGCUUUUGUUUUCUUUAUUUUUAGAGCUCUGAGACACUGCUUCUGAUUCAUUCACACUAAAACAUGAAGUAACAACAUAGUUUAUGGUUGGAUUGUUCCUAAUAAUUAAAAAUCAAGUUGUCUCUAUGCAAUUUAAAUGUGGCUAGCAGUACAGCUUCUAGUUAAUUCAUCUGUGCAAAAUGACAUCUGUGCAAAAUGAGUAUCUGCCCGUGUCUAUUUAAGCAACAUAAAUAAUUUAGUGAACUAAAACUUCUUCAUGGUUCUCCAUCACUGUGCCCGUUGAUUAACCAAGGAAAUAUAAUUUAGUAACUAUGUCAUUUUAAUCAUUGUGGAAGAACUUUGUACUUUAUAAUUCAUACAUACAUACUUGCAAGUGUAAUAUGUCGGAGCAAAGUCCAGCAGAAUAAGCACAGUGUGAAAUAAGGAAUAUGCAAUUUUGCUGCAUUUGUGAUAGCAUGUUGGAGCUGAUUUAUUCACUUGGACUUAAGUAGCAGGCAAAGUACAACUGUAGAGAGUGAGCUCAUUUACUUGUGUUCUUCCUUGCCUGUCUUCACUUCAAAGAGGUAAGAUGCAUGCCCAGGGCUGUUUUCUUUGGUGAUUUCUUAAUAAUUUAUAAUAUCAACUUCUAUUCUGGAAUUAAACAGAUAUGUAAAUAACUUCAAUGUGUAAAUAUGCGUGAAAAAAGAAAAGACUGACUCAUUCAAAAAUGCUAAAAGAAAGAUGAACAGUUCAAAAAUAACUCCAGGUUGAAGGUCAAAUUUCAUGAAGUUUAAUUAUGCUUGGGGGUUUUGAUUUCAAGUCAUUUAAAAUUUAAUAGUUAGUCAUAGCAGUAAUAAUAGAAGCUUUCAGGGAAAAUGAUACAUGACAGUAGGAAAUACAGGCACAGCAAACUUAAAUGCUUUAAGGGAAGCACUGUGCCAAAUUUCGUGGAAGGUAAUUUUCCAAUUUAUUAUGAUCCUAAUGUCAAAUGACCAACUUUGCAUAAAAUAGCAAAUUAUAUGCUAAUAGUAAAUCAUAGUUAUUACUGAAUAGUUUUAGGUAGAGUAGAAAAUUCUGUUUUGCUGUGUUUUCUAUGGUACGUAUAAAUCUUAAGUCUCAAACCUGAGCUUUAUUAUGUUGGUUUAUCUUGAACAUUUUUUAAAAAAAUGUGCUGAAUAUUUUUCGCUCUGGAAAACUGUUUGCUGAAUCUGCUACUAAGUCAUUAGAUUUAUAAGGAAUGUGGUCUUGUUGCAACAUAAGCUACUGCGGAGGAUAUUGGCCUCUGCAGACUGUGUGCUGACGCUGGCGGGAAAUAAUCUCUGACUGAAGAGCUGUUUGCUGGAUCUAUUUUCUGCCGUCAUCAAAGUCACUGUAGGGAGCCCAGUCCUUAAAAAUUAAAUUAAAAAAAAAUUAAAGAGUUAAAAAGGUUCAGCUAGAGACUAAGUAAAUUUGUCCUUUGGGAAUAUAGGAAACAUUUGUUAUCCUGAUUCAGUCUAAACUGUCAUUGAUACAGAAACUCCUCUUCAGAGAAUCUGGGAUUUGCCUAAGUGAGGACCGCAGGAUUUAGUCUAGUAAUAGCCUAAGCCUUCUUGCUGUAUCAGAUGGAGGGUUACAAGUUCUAUACCCAAAAGGUGGAUAAAUGAGGCUCAAAGCUGUUUUAAUUCAAUAUAUUGCACUCUGGGUUUUGGAGAGGCUAAAGGAAAGUUCUUUUUGAUUUGUUUAUUGAACUUUUGGAUUUUUAAUCUGAUUUAAACCUGUGACCUAUUAUUUAAACCUGUAGAUAGAAAUUCACAAAAAGCAUAGUUCAGAUGUGCUUAAGUGAGUUUUCCAGUGCAUGGAAACAUUCCCAGCAUUAGGAAAACCAUGUCUUUGAGUACUGUUUGAGCUACAGACAGUCAGCAGAGAUAAUGUUACUGUUUCUGCCAAUUCGACCCUUGGUGUCUCUCCUUCACUGUAGUUUGGACUCAGGGAAUAAGACAAAUUCAGCUCUGAUAAAUAUAAGACGUGCUUUUUCUUUUGUCAUUACAUCUCUCAAUGGCUUUUUUCAUUGCCCAGCAUGCACAAGGUGACAGAGGUGAGAGAUGUUCUAAGUGUCGCAGCACAGUUCUCUGUGUCACAGGAAUGACUAGUCAGAAAUGCGUGAGACACCAGGAAAGGAGAGGUACCUCAAAGAUGGAAGAAGCCAAUUUUGACAGAGGCCUACUAUGUUGAAGCUAGGUAUUUCAAAGCCUUUCUCCUUCAGGACUUCCACACUAAAAGUCCUAAAUAUUUCCAUUUUCAGCUCUAAUCUGUGUUACAGUUCUGUAUUUCUGCAGGAGAACUGACUCAGAAGGAAGAUGUUGUUGACAAGCUCAGCAGGAUUUAUGCUGUUCUUGCUCUCUCAAUGCACUGUGUCACUGAGCACCAAAGAGGCAGUGGUCCUGGCUAAUGCCCACCUUCUCCCCCAGAGAGACUCUGAGAGGCUGGGUAAUGCCAAUGAAAAAGACUAUCCAAGAGAUUGUUUUGAGAUUUUUCAGCGCUCCAAAGGAAAUUCCAGAGAUGGUCUUUACAUCAUCCAGCCAAAAGAGGACCCUAUUGUUGUCUCUUGUAACAUGCAGGAUGGUGGCUGGACAAUAAUCCAGCACAUUACUGCCAACAGUACUGUCGACUUCGACAGGACCUGGCAGGACUACAAAUAUGGAUUUGGCUCUGUUCAUGAGAACCACUGGUUAGGAAAUGAAUAUAUGCAUCAGUUAACUAGCAGCUCUGUGCAAUAUAUACUUGGAGUUAAACUUGUAAACCUAAAUGCUGAAAUUAAAUGGGGACAGUAUGAACCAUUCCUUAUUGAAGGUGAGGAAUCUCAGUACCGCAUUAGGGUCGGUCUAUACAAAGGUAAUGCCACUGAUGCGCUGACCCUGGACACAGAAGCCUAUCUCCAUGACAACCAGAAGUUCACCACCAAGGACAGAGACAAUGACAAUUACUUUCUGAAUUGUGCUAAACUGGAACUCAAUGACAUUCCUGGGGGAGGCUGGUGGUACGACGCGUGUGCUGGAGCAAAUCUAAACCGUAGGAACAUGAUAUACUGGCAAAAAGACUGCAACAAGCAACGCCUAUGCAAGUUUGCAUGGAUGAUGAUCAAACCCAUUGAGCACCACCUGUCAUCUCCAUCCAAGUCCUGCCCGUGUCAGAAAAUUGAACUGUAGAUAAGCCAUGUGCACUUUGAAAGGAACAUGGACCUUUUGUCCAGUGACUGAAGUGAACUCACUGACUGAAUAAUCACACUAAGUAAACAUGGUUGAAAAUUUAAAUUGGGCCUCUGCAAGGGAUUUAUGAUAACAUAUCUUCCAGGACUGGACCAUGUCAUAGAAAUAUGCCAACCACACAAGUGAGAAACUGUCAGAAACUGAGGCCUCUACCACAAGAUUUAAAUAAACAGAAGUUUUAAAAAAUUCAUUUUAUAGUAUUUUAGCCAUAAGACAAGCCAGGUAUGAAAUCCAGGAUAUGAUGUCUUAUACAAUACAUACAUGAAUAUAAAUGCAUUUCGGAAGGUUUUGUUCCAGUAUCAAUGUUCAUGAUUGAUCUCCUAUAAUUGCACAUCUUCAUAUAUCAUGCAUGAGAGAAAUUUCCAGUGAAGUGCCUACAUUUACAAAAUGCAUAUUGAAGAGUAUUGUGUACCAUAGGGCAGCAACAGGCCUUUUCUUUCUAAAUUUAGUGAUUUUAAUUUAUAAAAUUGGAAUUUGCCUUAUCUCCCAUGGCUUCUUUCCCCAUUCACUGACUCUUCUUUUAUCUCUACUUUUUAAUGAUCCCAUACACAUUGAAAUAUUCAGUAUAGGCUUUUCUUUUCUUCCUUCAAUUUAGAGCACCCAGCACUAAUGGGAUUGUCAGCUUUGCCAUUUAAAGCUACUAAUUGAAAGCUUACAACCCAUCUGAAUAUUUCCCCAAGAAACUCAGACAACACAUUUUUUAACAGAUCAAAUUGAUUUUGCAACUGUUUAUUUAUUGCUUCAUUUUUUCCUGAAUAUCACUUCACUUUGUUUACCAUGAUUUGACUGUUGCUCCUCCCUGUUCCAUGAUGUGCUUUAGCUUUCUCUUUUUUUAAUACCACUGUGAGAAAAAAAGACAGCAUUGCCUUUAUUUCACAUUUGCUAGCUUCAAUUGUUUUGAUACUCAGACCUAACAUUAUUUCUAAUUUUUCUAAUUAUAAA